UAUUCUCUGCUGCUCGCCGCGCCUCGCGGUGCCUUGUGUUGCUCUCCUCUCCGAGUCCCGCUGUGUGUCCUGCAGCGCCGGAAUGGCCCGCGGAGCGCUCUGCCUGCUCGCGCUCUUCGGUGUGACUUUGGGGGCAGAGCUGUCGUUCACCCUGGAGCCCAGUGACAUCAUCGCCGUGCAGAGGCAGCCGCUCAUGCUGCACUGCCAAGUGGACGGGAUCCCGCCAAUCACCACGCAGUGGAGGCGCAACGGCGCGCUCGUGGUGGACGGCCCGGCUCACUCCACCUUCACCAAUGGCUCGCUCCUGAUCGGCCACUUCCAGCGAACCAAGCCGGAUGGCUCCUCGGAUGAGGGGGACUACGAAUGCGUGGCAGAGAACCCCAUAGGACUGUUGGUGAGCCGCAAGGCCCGGGUACAGGCUGCAACAAUGGCGGAGUUCCACAUUCAGCCCCAGCCAGUGCACGCCGAGGAGGCAGGGGUGGCCCGCUUCCAGUGUCAGAUUCACGGCCUGCCAGAACCUGUCAUCAGCUGGGAGAAGGACGGCCUGCAUGUGGACACACAGGAUGAGAGGUACACCCUACUUCCUACAGGGGUUCUGCAGAUUACUGGCCUGCGUGCAGAGGAUGCUGGCAUGUUCCGCUGUGUGGCUCACAAUAGCGCAGGGGUCAAGCACAGCGCUGGCGCCAGGCUCAGUGUUUCAGGUUCUAGAUCCUCUGUGUACAAGGAACCCAUGAUCUUGGUGGGGCCUGAGAACCUCACACUCACCGUUCAUCAGACGGCCAUCUUGGAGUGCGUGGCCACUGGCUAUCCACGCCCCAUAGUCUCGUGGAGCAGGCUGGAUGGUCGGCCCAUUGGUGUGGAGGGGAUCCAGGUGCUGGGCACAGGGAACUUGAUGAUCUCAGACGUUGGAGUGCAGCACUCUGGGAUCUACGUUUGCGCGGCCAACAAGCCUGGGUCACGUGUGCGUAGAACUGCACAAGGACGCCUGGUGGUACAAGCUCCAGCAGAGUUUGUCCAGCCUCCUCAGUCCAUUGCCCGCCCAGUGGGUACCACGGCCAUCUUCACUUGCCUGGCCCAAGGUGAGCCCCUACCCCAGCUCACCUGGCUGAAGAACGGUCAAAUCCUGGAACCAAGUGGGCACGUCAAACUCAGGAACAACAACAGCACAUUGACCAUCUAUGGCAUUGGCCAGGAGGAUGAAGCCAUCUACCAGUGUAUCGCCGAGAACAGCGCUGGCUCUACGCAGGCCAGUGCACGGCUCACCGUGCUGUGGGCCGAUGGGCUCCCAGGGGUACCCCGCGACGUUCACGCCCUUGCCCUGUCACCCACUGCCAUUCAGGUGUCCUGGGCAGAGCCAGCCCAGAGCAUACAAGACAUCAUAGGAUACGUGCUUCACAUCCGCAAAACAGCAGAUCCAGUGGAGAUGGAGUACCAGGAGGCUGUCAGUAAGAGCACACUGCAGCGGGUAGUCAAUGACCUGGAGCCAUCCACCAGCUACACCUUCUACGUGAAGGCCUACACCUCUCGUGGAGCCAGCAAGCCCUCGGAGUCAACCAAACAGAGCACUUUGGGGGAAGUGCCAGCACCCCCAUCUCUUCACACCAGGGUGGUGAAUGCAAGCACAGUGCAGGCCCUGUGGGAGCCCUCUGGGAAGCAGGGUCAGCCGCAGGGCUUCAAGCUCUUCUACCGCAAGGUGCACUCAGACCUGUUCACAGGACCCCUCACCUUCUCCCACAACGUCACCCAGUGCAACAUCACUCAACUGGAUCCCUCAUUGGUGUACGAGGUGAAGGUAUUGGCAUUCAACCAGCAUGGUGACAGCAAUGCCACCAUGCGCUUUGUCUCCCUGAAGGAUGCCAUACAGAGAUCAGUGCUGGAGCCCCCCUGCAAUUGUGUGAAAGAUGAGCAGAGCAAGUCCUCGAUCACCGGCAUUAUUGUGGGAAUCCACAUCGGGGUCACCUGCAUUAUCUUCUGUGUGCUCUUCCUCAUGUUUGGCUACAGGGGGAGGCUGGUGAUGUGUAAGAACAUGCAGGAGCGCUUGACCACUGCUCAGGAGGUACACAACGGCCCUGUGGACUGCUCCACCUUCCACGAUACCCUGGCUCUGAAUGGAAGUAGUGGUCAGAGCAACGGAGGCAUCUCAGGGAAGCUCAGUACAGACACCAAUGAGUUGGAAAGACUCUUCCCUGAAGGUGGACUAGAUCAGCCCUUUGUGAUGGAGGAAACUCAAGUUUCUAGUGCUCUGGACGAAACACAGAUAUCUGUACUGCCUUUGGACAACUUCAGCCUGGCAGAAGAGAGAGCAGCAGCAGUUGAGCAGCCCCACAUGGAGGACGAUGCCUCUAGCAGGUGUUCAGAUGAAGGGUGAUAGACCAGUCCUCUGGCACCUUUGCGCCCACAGCGCAGGCAGUGUUUCCAAUCGGAUUCUUCUCACUCUCAGGUUCCAUUUUUCCUGUACCUUCAUAAGCCUUUUCCAGUUUGUUGGCUAAUCAGUGAAGGAGUGUCAGCACCACUUUCAGUCACUCUUCCAAGCCUCAGGCUCCAUGCAGUUCUGUGAGCUACAGCUACGUUUCAGUGUCUGCAAAGGAAAGAUGCGUUUUCAUUUUUUGUGCAGUUUUCCACUGAACUGGCCACCAGCAGCACCUAGAUAAGAGACCUAGACUGGCAGUAACCCAUUUUAGACUCUUACUGGAGUUGUGUUCUUAUCUAGCGAUCUUCCCAUUGACGCUUCAACUUUGGUCCUUUCCCGACAACUGGUUUUGUUUGGAUUUUUCAACUCCUUCAAUUUUCCCUGUGUACUGUAAGCCAGCCAUCGAGGUCACAAGACUAUAGAAGUUGAAGAGGAUCUACUUCCAGGGAUUAUGUGUCUAUUCCCUUUCUCAGGAGUUUUUUUCUUUGUAAAAUCAAAAGUUUUCUUUUAUUGCCCCGAUACAGGCUGGCUAUGGACUCGGGCAGCCCGAGGAUACACAGUAGUAAACCUACCUCAGCCAGAAUGAAUGUUUUCUGGGAAGCAUCUGUUUGCGUCUUCCCACGUGCUCUGUUUUUGUUAACUUGCAGGUUGGAAAACAAAUUCUGCACUACCUCAGUGUCAAAAAACAACACUCUCCUGCUCAUCAACGCAAAUCUAAAGUAAAAUUCCAACGAAAAGUACUUCCAAAUUCUAACAUUCAUCUUCUACCUCAAGACAAUGUUGUCAUUGUCAUUAUUGCUGUUGUUGUUGUUGUUGCUGUUGUUGUUGUUGUCGUCGUCGUUCUUUACACACUGGAACAUCUGAUUUAGUGGUGAGGUCCAAACUCUGUACCUUUUCACGAGUUGAUCGGCUCCCUGUGGAAAAGUGACCAGUGAUACUGUCUGUUUUAUAGAGACUUGGCAGUGUUCAAAUUGUGUUUUUAGCAAGUUUUCUCCUAAGAGGAGAAACAUCCAGAGGAUGUUUCAUUUAUUCUGUUUUUAGUUCACUUUAUUGUAGAGAGAUGCACUGCUUCUGAUCACCUCAAGCUAUGAGCUAUAGAAGUGGGUUAGACAUACUGGGGAGGAGUGCUGGACAUUCACCACCUUCCAGCUCGUAUAUACAGUACAUGUACAUUCAUUUAUGUACUUAUAGACCAACAAAGAGAGGGAGAUUUAAGCGCUGACUGAAUUUGCUAUUCUUUGGUCUUACUGUCCAGUGGCAAAGAAAACACACUGAAGCACACGUGUGCGAGCAGACGGAAACAUCGACACACAAGCAUGAACGGAGACACGCAGAUGUAAGCAAACACCCACAGAGCAGACACGCAGAAAUCGCAUGCACACGCAUGCGCACACGAUGUGCGAAUUUACGCUUGCGCUCCCAGAAACACACACUCCCUAGCAAACACUGCCAUGUUAACCUACCUCGAUGUAACACCUGUGUUCUCAGGCAACUCUUUUCAGGAAGAUUUUGAAAAAUGGAAGAUUGUUAAAAAUGUAUACAAUAAUGCCAACACUUGGGUGUGAGGAAGCAUCUCUUCAGGGCCAGUAAAUUUGUGCGAGUGCAGUUCUUUUGUGUUUCCAUCUUUAGCAUGGAUGGAUAUGAAUGUAUAAUAACAUGGUCAUUUUUUU